AUGACUUCUCCAACCGACAAUGUCGACUCUCUCAAGGGCGCUGUAGUCCACGCCGAAGAAGUAGACCUGGCCGACGAGAAGAACCUCAAUGUGGUCGGUGACGCCGUCCACGCCGAGGCCGUCGAGGCCUCCAUGGGCGUCAUGGAGGGCCUCAAGACCUACCCACGCGCCGUGUUCUGGUCCUUCUCGAUCUCUCUCCUCAUCAUUAUGGAAGGUUACGAUGUCGCCGUUCUGGGAUCGGUUAUCGGUCUCCCUCAGUACCGUGAGAAGUUUGGCGUGCCAGUGAUCAACUCCCAAGGACUUCCCGACUAUGAGCUCCUCCCGGCGUGGCAGAUGGCCGUUAACCAGGCUCCCAACGUGGGCUGCAUCAUCGGAAUUUUUAUUGCUUCUUGGGCCCAGGACCGCUGGGGAUACCGCCGCACGCUCCAGAUUGCUCUCGUCUUCCUCACUGGCGCCAUCUUCAUCAUCUUCUUCUCCGUCAACGUCCAGAUGCUUUUCAUCGGCGAGCUCCUCUGCGGCCUGCCAUGGGGCGCAUUCUCCUCUUCGGCCGUUUCCUAUGCCUCGGACGUCACUCCCAUCCCCCUCCGCGGCUACCUCACCACCUACGUCAACCUCUGCUGGAUCAUCGGGCAGAUUCUCGCGGCUGGUAUCCUGUACCGCGUCCUCUCGCUUCCCGGCACCCUCGCGUACCAGGUUGCGUUUGCCGUUCAGUGGGUCUGGCCCAUCCCCCUCUUCAUCCUCGUGACCCUCGCUCCCGAGAGCCCAUGGUUCCUCGUUCGCAAGGGCCGCCUUGAGGAGGCACGCCACGCCGUCUCUCGCCUCCAGAGCAAGACUUCUACCAUCGACCCGGCCGACACUGUUGCGAUGAUGGUUCGCACCGACCAGUUUGAGCUGGAUAACGAGGUCGGAUCAAGCUACCUCUCCUGCUUCCGUGGCGCGGACCGCCGCCGUACUGAGAUCUCGGCCAUGGCCUGGGUGGCUCAGGUGCUUUGCGGUAUGGCGUUUGCCGGAGCGCCCGUCUACUUCUUCAAGCAGGCCGGUCUUAGCGAGGAGAAUUCGUUCCAGCUCAACCUCGGUAUCACGUUCAUGGCACUCGGAGGCACGCUCGCCAGCUGGGUAGCCCUCACCUUUGGUGGCCGUCGGCCAUUCUUCAUCGGCGGCUUGGCUACCAUGUGCGGCCUCCUGGUCAUUAUUGGCGGUCUGUCAUGGUCCCCCAACCCCAACGUCAAGUGGGCUCAGGCUGCGCUCAUCAUGAUCUUCGUCUGGACUUACGACUUCACCAUCGGACCCCUCACGUACUGCAUUGUCGGUGAGACUAGCGCGACUCGUCUGCGCUCCAAGACUGUCGGUCUCUCGCGCAACGCCUACAACGUCACCUCCAUCGUCGGCGGCAUCCUCAACACGUACAUGAUGAACCCGCUCGCCUGGAAUUGGAAGUCGCGUUCAGCCCUCUUCUGGGCCGGUACUUGUCUCAUUAUGACCAUCUGGAGCUUCUUCCGCCUCCCUGAGAUGAAGGGACGCAGCUACCACCAGCUCGACCUUCUCUUUGAGCGCCGCACCCCCACGCGCAAGUUCAAGGAGACCGUCAUCACCUCGGAGGACGAGGAGUAG